GAGAGGCGAGUUGUCAGACGGUCCCUAAAAAAGAAAACAGUCUCUAUUGUUCCAACACCCGCUCAGUUCUGGACGGUGCAGUGCCGCCGGUGGCCGCAGAGGGCGCUGCACGCAUGGCAGGCCGGGCUCGCGGCCUCCACAUCUUUUUGUCUGAGAACUGGAUCCCUCUGCCGCUCUACAGUGUGUGCGAUAGCCUCGGAGCCGCGUCCGUAACACACUGUCAAACCACUCCAGACGAACACAACCGCGACCAAAAGCAUUAAUUCAACACCUUCCAUCAUGCCGUUCCUCAUCCGCCGGUAAAUCGCUCGUAUUUGUGACGGCUCGUUGGAACUUAGUCCGGGCUUGAAUCGGGCUGGCUUUCUGUGUGCAUCAGUCUUUAUUAGCGAGCUGCCGCUCUUCUUGCUAUCAGCUAUUUCUUUAACUUUUUAAACACUCAGCUUCGCGAAUGACUGAGCGCCGGCGGAGUAUGGGAUCCUUGGUGUCUUAAGAAGCGACUGAAGUGGGCUUUAAACGUUUUUGCGUGCAAAAACAAUGGCAAAUUCGACGGGGAAAAAUCUACUAGAUCAGCGAAGGAAAGGACAGGCUUUCCUGGACGAGCUGCGGCAAUUCCACCAGAGCAGAGGAACACCGUUUAAGAAGAUUCCUAUCGUGGGUGGGAAAGAGCUGGAUCUGAAUACUCUCUAUAUCAGAGUCGUCUCCUUAGGUGGAUUUGCUAAGGUCUCUGACAAAAACCAAUGGAUUGAACUUGGAGAAGAGUUUAACUUUCCCAGAGGUUGCUCCAACGCUGCAUUUGCUUUAAAACAGUACUACCUUCGAUACCUAGAGAAAUAUGAGAAAGUUCACCACUUCGGCGAGGACGAGGAGGAAGCGCAGCCGGGGAAUCCCAAAGCCUCUCUCCCAAUUGGUGCAAUUCCCAAUUCUUACAACUACCAGCAACACAUUGUAUCAGACUAUCUCCGCCAAAGCUAUGGACUGUCUACGGAUUUCGUUCCACCGUGUGAUUACAAUAAACUGGUGCUGUCUCUCCUUUCGGGCCUGCCCAACGAAGUGGACUUUGCUGUUAAUGUUUGCACUUUGCUUUCCAAUGAGAGCAAGCAUGCCAUGCAGUUGGACAAGGACCCCAAACUUGUCACGUUGCUGCUGGCCCACGCCGGCGUCUUCGACGACUCGUUAGGCAGCUUCUCUGGGGUGUUUGGGACAGACUGGAAGGAGAAAACCUGCCGGGACUUUUUCAAGUUCUGGAGAGAGGUGGUGGAGGACACUGAAGUCAGGGAGCUGAUCUGGGACAAGAACAGCCCAGCACAAGAUGGUACAUCAUGUGAGAAGCGGUGGCAGAGCCUCUUCCACCCACCGCGGUCCCAGGGCAUCAGUGACAUGGAGGCCCAGCGGGUGCUGCAGAUUGCCGUUAUCCUGCGGAACCUCUCCUUCGAAGAGGCCAACGUCAAGCUGCUGGCGGCCAACCGAACGUGCCUGCGCUUCCUCCUGCUCUGUGCCCACUGUAACCUCAUCUCACUCCGACAGCUCGGACUGGACACGUUGGGCAACGUGGCUGCUGAGCUCCAGCUGGAUCCCGUUGACUUUCGGACAACUCACCUGAUCUUUCACACCAUCACCAAAUGCUUAAUGUCCAGGGACCGGUUCCUCAAAAUGAGAGCCAUGGAGAUCCUGGGCAACCUCAGUAAGGUAGAGGACAAUGGGGUAUUAAUCUGCGAGUACGUGGACCAGGACUCGUACAGGGAGGUAAUGAUGCUCCUCACCCUGCCUGACCUUAUGUUCCUCAUGGCCUCCUUGGAGGUGCUAUAUCUACUGGCUCAGCUUGGAGACAUUCCCUGCACCAAGAUUGCCACUGUCGACCACAGCAUAGACCUGUUAGUGCGAUUAGUAUCAGUAGACCUUCAUACGUUUGGACCUGAUGCCCUAACAGCUGUACGGUUGAUUGAGCAUCAGGCCAGUGCUGACCAGGCAGCCGAGGUUCGACCACAGCUGGUAGAGCAGGUACCUGCUGCUGUGCAGGGAGCAGCAGCAGCAGCACCUGUAACAAGGGUCGCAGUACAAUCCACUCAACCACCACCUGGAAUCGUUGAACUAGACGGGGAAAAAUUUACACUGCAGUGGCUAAACGCACACUUUGAGUCGAACUCUGAGGGUUCUGUAUCUCGAUCAGAAAUGUACUCUGAGUACUUGGCCACAUGCAAUAAAAUGGGACGUAGCAACAUCUUGAAUGCCAAUGGCUUCCUCAAAUGUCUGCGGACUGUGUUCCCCAGCCACACGAUGCGGCGGCAGGAGGAGCCCAAGACAAACGGACAAGUUCACAUCCUUCUGGUAGGGCUACGGCGAAGAUCGAUCCCGCUGCCCAUUCAGCUGUACUACCAGCAGUCUCAGCAGCAACAGCAGCAAAAUUCUGCAGCAGCUCCUCCACCUCCAGCAGCACGACAAGAUACACCUGGAGACCCUCAGGGCCCACCACCAGGCCGGCCUCCAGGGCACUCUGUUCAUGGAUCCCAGUUUGUUCGGACCCCAGGACCUAACCACAACACUGGUGUUGCCGCCCCAUCCAUGGCCUUGACUGCACAGGAUCCUACCCAUGCAAGCUAUCCGACUGUUUCUCGCCCCCCGAUGCCCCCACAGGUGCCUCCACAGUUACCCCCAAAUCCUCUGGCAGCAGAGCAGCAGCAGCAGCAGCGACCCUGUCCAGUGGUCCAGAUUCCAACGUCAACACUGGCCACCCAGAACCACAGUCCUCAGAACCCCGCCACUCCACUUGCAGCUCAUCAACAACUGCAACACUCCCCCAUACCCACUACUGGAACACCUGUCACCAUAUUUCAGCAGGUACCACAGGGCCAUAUCCUCACCGCCAGGGUACAAGGUGUGUGCCCCCCUAUUUCCCAGCAUCCUCCUCUGCCUCAAACCCCUCCCUUGGCUGGGCUUCAUGGUGGAGCUCCCCAAGUGGAGUCUCACUGUGUUGCUGCAGUAUCUGCACCCUCCUCCUCCAUCCAGGUGGGGGGUGGUCAAGCGUUUAGUGUGCCCAGUUCCCAGGGUACACGUGUCACAUUUCAAAAUAUUGCUCCCAAACCUGCGCCGAACCAGUCAAGUGGACCAGCAUCCACGAUAGCCAGUCCCAACCACCAGCCUCAGCAGCAGGCGCAGGGUGUUGUAAUAGUUACCCCCAAUCCUCAGCAGAGCCCAGCCUACACCCCUGCCAUACACCAGAUUGUUCUUGCCAACCCAGCCACCAUACCAGGUGCCCCGACUAUCCAGAUAGCAGGGCAGCCUGGAGCUGCUUCCAGUCCCUGCACACCUCCUGCCUCUCAGUCCAAUACCCAGAUCCAGCCCAAUCAAACUCUCAGCCACGCACUGUCCAUGAAACGGCACCAACAGCAGCAUCAACAACAGUUGCCUCUCCAAGUCAUUUCCCAAGCUCCUCCCUCACAACCUACCUCCACAGAGUCCAGCUUGAUUAAACAGCUGUUGCUUCCAAAGCGAGGGCCUUCUACACCGGGAGGGAAGCUCAUCCUGCCUGCUCCACAGGUGCCCUCUCCCAAUAGCACGAUAGCCUCCAGUCCACAGAUUAUAUACCAGGCAGGCUACAGCACACAGAAUUCCUCUCCUCAGCAGCUUAAUGUUCAGCUAGUUCCUGGUCAGCUUCCUGCUGCUGGGGCUCCAGCCCUACAGACGGUCCAGCUCUUGCCAGGCCAACUCAUUUCCACUAGCAGCUCAGGAGCAGCUACCAUUAUCCAGGGCCCUAUGGCAACUGGACAAGUCACAUUCACCGUGGUCCCCAACACUGGCUUUACCACCUCUACUGCUGCUGUUGCUGCUGUGAGCCAAGGUGCUGUGGCUCCAGUCGUUCCCCCUCCUCCGUUUUCUCCCGUAACGAUGCCCCAUCACACUCCAGCAGCUCCUCCAACACCACCGCCACCACCACUGCCAACUCCCCUUAGAGGAGACAAGAUCAUUUGUCAAAAGGAGGAGGAGGCCAAGGAUGCCACGGGGCUGCACAUCCAUGAGAGGAAGAUAGAGGUGAUGGAGAACUCCUCUUUGGCAGACGGAGAGUCCUCCAAUGGCAAAACAAGUAACGGCGAUGUUGUGGCAGGUACAAAGCUGCUUAAUGGUCGGAAGUGCAUGGAGUCCGAUCUACCUCCAUACCACUCAGGGAACAGCCAGGGGGCACUCAAUGGCCCAGCUACAGAGAGUCACCCUGCUAAUGGGAAACAGGCCCUGUCCCCCUGCCUGAACAAACCAAUGGAGGGCAACCCCGACCCCAAAAAGACUUUGGUCAACGGAGUGUGUGACUUUGAUCGGGGUGACAGUGGUGGCAACUUAAACAAAAACAUUCCAAAUCACAUUGCUUCCAAACAGUACUUGGGGAAUGGGGAGGUGGGGCCCUCUGAAAAGAGUCACAGCUCUGACCCCCCUCUCCCUAGUCCUCUGCUCCCCCAGCAGGACACUGCCAAAGCCCAGCAGGCUGAGCGCCUGGCCAACGGACCCCAGGCAGUAGGCAAUAGGCUUCCCUCGGAAUUAACGAAUGGACCUUUGGGGCAUGGCCAUGCUGUGCUUAGACAACAACUGCUUCCCAAUUCCUCCCUCCCCUCCGCUGUUACCUCCCAGAGUCUUUCUGCCUCUCCUGCAAAUGGAGUGGCCUCUGAGGCUCGAGGCCUCAAGAGGCCAGCUGAGCAUGAGGACCGCAGCACGGCGGCAGUAUCCUCUGGGAUCCCUAAUAAAGUGGGAGUACGGAUCAUCACUAUCAGUGACCCCAACAACGCCGGCAGCAGUGCCACCAUGGUGGCAGUGCCAGCAGGAACAGACCCAAGCACAGUAGCCAAAGUAGCAAUAGAGAACGCCACUCAGCAGAGGAACUGCUCCGCCACAGAGGCAGCUGGCUCAACGCCAACAGUUACCGCAUCCCCUGUAUCUCAGCCUGCACCAGCAGGGAACCACAACCCUCACCUCCCAGCACAGCAAACCUCCGCAGCGCCACCAGAGCAAAGCAGGAAAGCAGGCCAGAACUUUAAAUGUCUGUGGCAGUCCUGUAAAAGGUGGUUUGAAACGCCGUCUCAGGUGUUUUACCACGCAGCAACGAAACAUGGUGGGAAGGACAUGUAUGGAGGCCAGUGUCUGUGGGAAGGAUGUGAACCUUUUCCUCGGCAGAGACUGUCCUUCAUCACACAUUUACAGGAUAAACACUGUUCUCGAGAGGCUUUGCUGGCUGCACUCAAGCUAGAGGAACAGGCACAAAGUCCCAAUCAGACUUCUUCCCAGACUCCUCCAGUGGCAGGCAGUUCUCCGGCACCACGAGCACCAAAAGCAAUCGUCAAUCAUCCGAGUGCAGCUCUCAUGGCCCUUCGCAGAGGCUCUCGAAACCUGGUCUUCAGGGACUUCACUGAUGAGAAAGAGGGACCAGUAACCAAACACAUACGACUAACUGCUGCCUUAACAUUGAAGAACAUCGCCAAGCACUCGGACUGUGGUCGCAUGUUGGUAAAGAGGCAUGAGACGCACCUCUCUGUGCUCGCACUAAGUAACAUGGAGGUUUCCACCACGCUCGCCAAAUGCCUUUAUGAACUGACACGCACGCUUCAGGCUUAACGCCAAAAGGACAACUUUUUCAACCCCCUCAACCACGACCCCGUCCCUCUCCUGAGACGAGAGGGGGGAAAAGCCACCAGUGAGCCGUAGCGAGUCCACGUGGGGAGCAGAGGAUAGGAACUGUAACAAAGACCCUCCUUCUGCUGCACCUGCCAACCCUCCCCUCAACCCCCUUCACCUCCUUCCUUGGCCACCUGUGUUCAAAAUGCCCCCUACACACACACACACACACACACACACACACACACACACACACACAUACAUACAUCCCCACACACACACACACACUAAAACAAACUGCCACGGGGUCUUCCACCAGCUGCCCACAAGGGGGAGCGCUUUACGACUGCUUCCCCAAGGGACUCAACAACGAAACCCCAAACACGAGCACAUUUUUUCAAGUUCUCUUUUUCCUUUUCAUUUUUCUCUCCUUGUUCCCGUGAACUGAUGUGUACGUUGGAGUGAGUGGCUUUCGACUGAAGAGUACAUGUGGGCUGGGGGGCGUGGAAGGGGCGGGGCCUAUUGUUGGUGUCCCACAGGGUUGGGUGGAGGAGGACUCAGCUGGCAACUGGUGCAGAGAACUUUUUUUUUUCUUUAGAAAAUUGGUAGCUUGGUUUUCUUACUUGAGUCAAUAUAUUUUCACUUAUUUAUUAUUGAAAUAAAUACCAUUACAAUUAAUGAAAAAGAAUCUUGUAAAUAUGUUGUGAAUAUAUAUAAAGAAGAUCCUCUUUCAUGCCGAUGCAGCCACUGGAGAACUUGCUCUGUGGAGUAAUAGAAGCAUUACUUUGGUAGGAUUGAAUAAACUAGUAUGUUUUUGUUUUGUUUUUUUGCUUUUUUAUGAUCCCUGGUCACUUGUAUCUAAUGUGAUUCUAUACUCAGCAGUGGAUGAAUGUACUUAAAAACCUGUAAAUAAUUCUGCAAAGGUACUGAUGCUGUAAAGCUUAGGGAUGGGGAAAAACAGUUUUUUGUGGAACUGUGACAUUUUUGUAUUAUAAUACCUUGUAGAACUCAUUUUGCUGGCUGAAAGAGUAUGGAAUAAUAUAUCAUGUCAUUUUGUAGAAGAAAAAAAAAUAUUGAAGGUAUUCUCUUUCCUUCCUCUUCCCUCUCACACUCUCCCCUCAACACGCACACACAAGUGACAUAUAUCCACUGUAAGCGUUUUGUCAUUGUACGGGCACAGUGCGCGUACCAAAAUUCUUUUGUAUUUGUAAAUUGGUUUAAAUACAUGGAGUUUUUAUACAGGUUUUCUCCUGUGUUCUUUGCUUUACGUGCAGGUAUGAUAUUUUCUUCACUACUUUUUUCUAUCUUAAUAUAGUGUGGAGUUUUAUUGUACUAUUUUUUCAUUCUUAAUACCAUGCCACAUUCCGGCUCACGUCCUCAGACUGUCCUCUCUACCGUGUGUUGUGUAACAUUUAUGACUGCCUGUCGUAUUAGCAUCUGACCGGGGCGACCCAACCAUCCUCAUUUCUGCGGUGUCAGUAGGAUGUGUGACUAUACAUAGACCUAACAGUCUGUUAGAGAUUGGCUUUAUUUACUUUGGUGACUGUUUAUAGUUUUUAAAUAAAACACUGAACAUUUUG